CCGGUGGGUGCCGGGCUGCGGUUGGGCCCCGAGGCGCCCGGCGGGGUGUUGAGGAAGCAGAGGUUUGCACAAGCCGGUGGGGUGCACGUGACCCGGGGAGCGAGGCGGGAGGAACCGGCAGCGCCCCGUGCAGCGCCUCGGGUCCCCGUGCUGCACGGCUGGCCAUGGCCCCCUGGCUGCCCACCAAGGAGGAGAAGUAUGGCGUGGCCGUGUGGAACUUCCCCAGUGCCAACGAGCAUCACCUCCCACUGGAGAUUGGGGAGACGGUGCACAUCCUGCAGGCGUCCGAGGGCUGGUACCGCGGGUACUCGCUCAGGAACAGGGCUGCUCGGGGCAUCUUCCCGGCCUCACUGAUCCGCCUGAAGGGCGCGGUGGUGGAGCGCAGGGGGGCGGAGGAGAGCGUGGUGCCCACCGAGAUGCCCAUGGUGCAGGAGAUCACCACCACGCUGCGGGAGUGGGCCGCCAUCUGGAAGCAGCUCUAUGUGACGGGGCAGGAGGAGCGGUACUGCAGGGUGAAGCAGAUGAUGUACGAGCUGAUGGAGCAGCGCUCGCAGCUGCUCUCGGGUACGCUGCCCAAGGACGAGCUUCUGCAGCUCAAGAAGGAGGUGACCAGCAAGAUCGACUACGGCAACAAGAUCCUGGCGCUGGACCUGGUGGUGCGGGACGAGGAUGAGAACAUCCUGGACCCCGACAGGACCAGCAUCAUCAGCCUGUUCCAGGCACACAGGAGGGCAGCACAGACCGUCACGCAGCGCAUCCAGGAGGAGACGAGCUCGCAGCAGAGCCAGCCGGGCUGCAGCGCACGCCUGGCGGCUUCGCCCUCGCACAGCCUCUACCUCUGCGUGCGCAACUUCGUCUGCAAUAUCGGCGAGGAGGCGCAGCUUUUCAUGGCUCUGUACGACCCGGCAGAGCAGCGCAUGAUCAGCGAGAGCUACGUGAUCCACUGGGCCAGUACGGGCGUCCCGCGGGACAUCGAGCUGCUCAACAACCUCCGGGCCAUCUUCACGGACCUGGGCAGCAAGGACCUGAAGCGGGAGAGGCUUUUCCUGGUGUGUCAGAUCAUCCGGGUGGGCCGCAUGGACCUGCGUGAGACCCUCAGCCGCAAGCUCAGCACCGGGCUGCGGCGGCCCUUCGGCAUCUCGGUGAUGGACAUCACCGACAUCACCAAGGGGAAGUGUGAGAGUGAUGAGGACAAACAGCACUUCAUCCCUGUGCACCUGGCGACCGCCGAAAACGACUUCCUUCACAACAUGAUCAGGAAAGCAGUGGAGGGGAAGGACAUCAACCACAAAGGACAAGGGUUCUGGUUGUCUCUGAAGAUGCUGUGGGGAGACCUGAACCAGGUGCGCAAGGACCACCCGCACCUCGUGGACCGCAGCACGGUGGUGGCACGCAAGCUGGGCUUCCCGGAGGUCAUCAUGCCAGGGGACGUCCGGAAUGACAUCUACCUGACGUUGGUGCAGGGAGAGUUUGACAAGGGGAACAAGAAGACGCAGAAGAACGUGGAGGUGACGGUGUGCGUCUGCGACGAGUCGGGCAGCGUGGUGCAGAAUGUGAUUUACCACGGGGCAGGGGACAAGCCGGCCAGCGAGUACCGCUCUGUGGUGUACUACCAGCAGCGGCACCAGCGCUGGAUGGAGACAGUGAAGAUUGCAGUUCCCAUUGAGGACGUCCACAAGACCCACCUGCGGUUCACCUUCAGGCACCGCUCCUCCAGUGACACUAAAGACAAAAGCGAGAAGAUUUUCUCCAUGGCCUUUGUGAAGCUGAUGCGCCCUGAUGGCACCACGCUACGUGAUGGGGAGCACGACCUCAUCCUGUACAAGGGGGACAGCAGGAAGCUGGAGGACGCUGGCUCGUACCUGGGGCUGCCCUCCACCAGGGGCCCCUCGGAGCCCUGGAUCCUCUCUGGGUCCUCGUUCCGCGUGGCUGGGAGCGUGGCAGGCCUGGCCGUGUCAGCCCGGGACAGCUUCCAGAUCUCAACGCUCGUCUGCUCCACAAAGCUGACCCAGAACGUGAACUUGCUGGGGCUGCUGAAGUGGCGGGCCAAGCCCAGCCUGCUGGCGGGGAACCUGCAGAAGCUGAUGCAUGUGGAUGGAGGGGAGGUCAUCAAGUUCCUCCAGGACACGUUGGAUGCUUUGUUCUCCAUCAUGAUGGAGAAUGCGGACACUGACGUCUACGACACGCUCAUCUUUGAUGCCCUGGUGUUCAUCGUGGGGUUGGUCGCCGACAGGAAGUUCCAGCACUUCAAUGCCGUCCUGGAGGCGUACAUCCGCCGGCACUUCAGUGCCACGCUCGCCUACAAGAAGCUGAUCGGGGUGCUGACCCAGUACGUGGAGCAGGCGAGCCGCGGGGAGCCCUGCGAGCCCCUCCUGCGCACCUUCAAGGCCCUGGAGUACAUCUUCAAGUUCAUCGUCCGCUCCCGGCACCUCUUUGCCCAGCUCUACGAGGGGAAGGAGACGGCCGAGUUCCAGCGCUCGCUGCAGCGACUCUUCCAGACCCUGAACCAGCUGAUGAAGUCCCCUCUGGAGGGGCCCACGCUGCUCUCCCAG